AUGGCUUCGGGAGACAGCGAUCACAUAGAAGUAAUGGAUAGUUCAGUGUCUAAAAAGGCGGAAACUAUUAGGGGACCGUCAGGCACGGAAGAUGAUGAUCGUGAUAGGACUUCAAUCGCCGAGAAAAAUGUACCAUACGAUCCAGCCGUUGGCCCUAUGGGUGCUAUCAGCAAAGUGCACAAAUCGGACCGGAAGAUCGGGCAUCGGCGUGUCGGCGAGGGCGGCGAGAUCACAUACAAGAAGAUCCAGUCUUCACAGAUUAUGGGCUCGAUUCAACUCGGUAUCCAACAUGCAAUCGGCGGCCUUGCUUCGAAACCGGAGCGUGAUCUACUCAUGCAGGACUUCAUGACGGUGGAGACGACCAACUUUCCACACGAAGGCUCCAACCACACGCCAGCGCACCACUACUCCGAGUUUAAGUUCAAGACCUACGCGCCUAUCGCCUUCCGAUACUUCAGAGACUUGUUUGGGAUUCAGCCUGACGACUUUUUGAUGUCAAUGUGUAGCGCCCCGUUACGAGAACUGAGCAAUCCCGGCGCAUCCGGAAGCAUCUUCUACCUGACAAACGAUGAUGAGUUCAUCAUUAAGACCGUCCAGCACAAAGAGGGGGAGUUUUUGCAGAAGUUAUUGCCCGGAUACUACUUGAACCUCGAUCAGAACCCCCGCACGCUCCUACCGAAAUUCUUUGGCCUUUAUUGUUAUCAAUGCAACAGCAAGAACGUGCGGCUGGUGGCCAUGAACAAUCUACUGCCUUCCUCUGUGAAGCUGCAUCAGAAGUACGAUCUCAAGGGCUCCACAUAUAAGAGGAAGGCAAGCAAAACGGAGCGACAAAAGAGUUCACCUACAUACAAGGACCUAGACUUUAUGGAGCACCAUCCAGAGGGCAUCUUCCUCGAGGCGGAUACAUAUAACGCGCUCAUAAAAACAAUGCAGCGGGACUGUCGCGUUUUGGAAAGCUUUAAGAUUAUGGACUACUCCCUUCUCGUCGGCAUCCACAAUUUAGAUGAGGGACAAAGAGAGAAGACAGAAGCAAAAAAUCGCGCAGACGCGGGUCAGAGUGACGGAGAAGAAGAGGGAGAACCCAAAAAGAGUGGUCUCAAUAGAACUAGGUCCAUAAACCGACAGCGGUUGGUAGCGCAUUCGACGGCGAUGGAAAGCAUUCAAGCCGAGAGUGAACCCAUCGAUGAAGAGGAAGACGUUCCGCCGGGCGGUAUUCCGGCUAGGAACGCGCGCGGCGAACGGCUUCUCCUGUUCCUCGGUAUCAUCGACAUACUGCAGUCCUACCGGUUGCGAAAAAAGCUCGAGCACACGUGGAAGAGCAUGAUACACGACGGGGAUACGGUUUCAGUGCACCGACCGAGCUUUUACGCGCAAAGGUUUCUAGACUUUAUGGGCAAGACUGUGUUCAAGAAAAUACCUUCGUUGGACCUGCCCGAGAUCAAAGGCAACCACCGCAAGUUCCGAACCCUGGUUACGAGCUACAUAGCCCUGAAACAUUCGCCAUCGAAGAGAAAAAGCAUCGCCAAGCCGGUAAAGCCACAAGAGGAGAUCGAUACUCCAGGACGAAAACUCGUCGGCAGACCAAUUAAGGACUAUAACCCUGAUCUACUACUAAGGCAAACGUCCCGAUUGUCGCCGAGAUCUUCCCUAAGAUCUAGCAUGAGUGACUUUACCGACACAACCAUAUCAACAUGGAAUCAGAGACACCAGUUCCCUCCAAUACCAACCGAAUAUCCGUCAGUGCUUUCUGACAGAUUAAAAAUACCUGACCGAGACAGAAUAGGCACUUUUCAAAGGCGCAUUGACUUCGACACAUCGAACCUGACGGCCAGAGAACCGGGAACCUCGUACGCCGACAAUAUGUAUCGUUCCUCAAUUCAAGACAGAAUGGAAUCUUUAUCGGAUCAAUUGACAAAAGUAUUAAGUACGGGAGCGGGUAGUUCGCACAUAAACGGUAGUUUGGCGGACAGCGGCAUCCAAACUGAUAACACCAGUACAAGCGUUCCACAAAUAUACGUAGCUGAUGCGAAUAACACGUUUGCCCCAGUUAUUAAAAUAUUAAAAGACGCAGCGGUCGAUACGAGGAACGAAAACAACCUCCAAGAUAUACCUUUCAUUGAUGAUGACGACGACGAAAAACAGUGGAAGAAGCGGUCGAAUAUUCUAGAGAAACACAAAAGCAUGUCGAACAUACCAGAGAGAAUAGACGAAGUUAGCUCGAAAGAGCAUUCGAAUGAACGACUAUCUAGCAGCUUUAACAGAGCCAAAUCGCCAACUUUUGUGGAUAAAUUUAAGAAAUUCUUCAUGGAUAUAGGCUUAGUGAAAGCUGAAAGUACACCAACGACAAAUACCGAGACGACUAAGAGGGAUGCCAGUACGCUACCGAAAAGUCUGAACUCCAGUUACAGGACCAGGAGCGUCACCCCAAUAAGAACCGAGACGCGGGACGCGUCGACGCUACCAAAAGACAUGAGAUUCCGAAAAGUGAGAUCGACGCAGACUGUAUAUAUCAGAACGGAAUCGCCAAUCCCAAUGAAAACUGACCACGAAACACAGACAAAAGAGCACGUAUCCGUAGUUCAACUGAACGGAGACGAAUAUAUCAAGGACUCUGAAUCAGAUGGGCUUGUUAAAGAAGUCGUAUAUGUGAGGAGUCUGGAAAAGGCCGCCAUUUACUCCGGAAAUGACAGCGGUAGCACAAUUAUAGUGGUUCCUCCUGCAGAUUGA